AUGUCAGCCAAAUUCGAACCCGCAGACGUCCAAAAGGUGCUGGACAAACACAUUGAGGCGGGAAACCUCCACAGUGGCUGGGAAGAUCUCUGGGCCAGAGGAGACAACAUAACUCUUCCUUGGGACAAACACAAUCCCAACCCAUCACUUGAAGAGAUCCUCACCACCAAGCGAGCUAUUCUGGGUGGUCCCCUCCUUGACGCGAGUGAUGGGGCAGCUCCUAAGAGGAAGAAAGCCUUAGUCCCUGGGUGUGGGAGAGGUGUUGAUGUCCUCCUUCUCGCUAGUUUUGGGUACGAUGCUUACGGAUUGGAGUAUAGCAAGAGUGCGCUUGAGGGGUGCAGAAAGGAAGAGGAGUCUACCGAGCAGAAGUAUCCUGUAAGAGAUGCAGGUAUUGGGAGGGGAAAGGUCACUUGGAUCCAGGGAGACUUUUUCGAAAAUGACUGGUUGGAGAGCUUAGGGCUGGAAGGGAAUCAGUUCGAUUUCAUAUACGAUUACACAUUCUUCUGUGCUCUCCCUCCCUCGAUGCGCCCAGCCUGGGCUCUGCGACACAGCCAGAUUCUUGCUCCCUCGCCAAAGGGGAAUCUUGUCUGUCUUGAGUUCCCUCGGCAUAAGGACCCCUUGCAGCAUGGGCCACCAUAUGCUUCGCCUUCGGAGGCCUACAUGGAGCAUCUCAGUCACCCCGGCGAAGAGAUCGCGUAUGAUGCGAAAGGAUAUUGUAAGACCAAUCCGCUCCGUGAGCCGAGUCAGAAAGGUCUAGAGCGAGUGGCAUACUGGCAGCCAGCGAAGACGCACGAUUUUGGAACUAGCGAGCAGGGAGAGGUGCUGGACCGAGUUUCUAUUUGGAGACGUCGGUAG